ACUUUUUUCGCUUGCUACCAAUACAGCAUAACCGUAACUCGCACAACUGAUUGAGUGUCACAAUCCGUCUUUAGUUUUUUAUUUCCUUUGUGCCCACUCAUCUUUAACAAAACUUCGUUGAAGAAAUCCUCGACAAGUUUUAAGCUAUUUUCACCGAAGUGUGCAUGGAAAAUGCGUUUAUCUUCGAGGUAUUGCGCGGCUUUUGUUCUAGUUUUCCUAUGGACUACAAUAUACGCUAAAGACUUUGAGAACGAGUAUGAAAUUAUCGAUGGAAUUAGAAUCAAAAAAGAAUCGAUUGUAACGAUAAAAGAGCAAGACGACAAGAAACGUGAAAAGAACGGACGAUCAGACUUGGAUGAAGGCGAAGAAGUUUCGGAGGAAGACGAAGACGAUGAUUAUGACGAUGACGAGGAUGAUAGCGAUGAUGGGGGAGAAGGAGACUUAGAAACAGCCAAGCAUCUUCCAACAAAAUGUCAUGUUUGUAGACUAUUGGCGGUUGAAGUUGAGAAUAAGCUUACAAAGAUUGCAAGGAUUAGAAAACCCCGGGAGACCAGGCCUCCGAUUUACUACAAAGAGGAACUAGUUAUGUUGAGGGUUACGGAGAACAUAUGUGACGCAAUGACGAAGUACAGCGUCAGAGCAAAGGUUCCUUUUAGAUAUAAACGGGGAGUAAAAAGUAUAUUCCGCAAGCAAAUUGAAGAGAUCACAAAAGAUUCUCGAAUUCAAAAGUGGGUGUUUGCUACGCCAGAAGAGGACAUUGAUGAUCCAACAGGCGAAAUAAGACGGCUCAAGGAACAGUGCUACGAAAUGUUAAAGGAGACGCAAAAACUGCUCAUCCAUUGGUUUAUGAAGGCGCAAUCUCGUGACUUGACCAAAUGGCUCUGUGCCAAGAGAGUUUUAGUUGAUGACGACAAAGGAUGCCUACAAGUUGAGAUGCCCAGGAGUAACCGAGUUGCAGCAUUGAGACAAAAGAAAGAAAAGAUCGCAGAAAACAAGACAACUAGUGCUUCGCAUGAAGAACUUUGAUAAAUCAUAACUAUGAUUAAACAUAGUCUAACAUUUUAUUUGAUCUUUAUAUAUUUUAA